AUGAAUAUCUUCGUGGGGGAGUGUUGCUUCCUCACCUUCUGCCGGAUGAACCACAGUUGCUUCCCCAACGUGGUGUACAUCAGCGAGAAGAGGCAGUUCCGUGCCUUGCGGAAGAUUCAGAAGGGCGAGGAACUCUUGCACUCAUACCUGGGCCGGGAGCUUCUGCUCCCCACCGAGCUUCGGCGGCGCCUCCUGUGGCGCUCCAAGGCCUUCGAGUGCGACUGCACCCGCUGCACAGCAGAGGAGGAUCCGAUGCGCCGGGUGGCUUGCCGGAGCUGUGCUCAUGCCAAGGAGCACUAUGAGGUGAUCUUUCACCCGGGCGUGUGGUUGCGGUCGGAACCCAGCUUGCAGGGAAAGCAGCUGGCCUUUCUGAAUGAAGGACAACGGCUCAAGGCGACUGGAGAGAGGAGUGGAUCAUGGAUCCAUGUGAAGGUGGAGCGGCAGGUCGGCUGGGUGCUGACCAACGGGCGAUCCUUAUCGCCUCCCUUGCAGAAGAUGCUCUGCCUGCCGCUGGAUGCGGAGUCGUGGCGUGUCGUGGCGGAUCCCUACGACGGGCUGCCGCUGCCUGAGUGGCCAGGAUGGCGGCUCUGGCAUGAAGCCGCGCUUCUGUUCUUGCCAGUGGAUGAUGUGCAAACUCCAGUGGCGGAAGACGAGACCCAGGAGGAAGCCUUUUCCCGCGAGAUCUUAGAGCAGCUUCCUGCCGACCUGGACCUUCCCUGUGCAGCCUUCACACAAGACAGCCCUUGCUGCCGCUUUUUGGGCGACCGCUGGUCAUGUCCCAGCUGCGGCGAAGAGGUGGCCGACCUGACCAGUGAACGGCUCCUAGGGCGCCUCGCCGAGCGGACGUUCUUCACCCCAAAGAUGACCCCUGCCUUGGGCUCGGUGAGUGCGAAAGCUGGAACUUCCGCCUUGAAGAUGGUGAAGCGUCUCUUUGUGCGGCAAGCCUUCGAACUGAGCGCUUCUUGCAGCCAGCGUUUGGGACCUCGCCACUGGUCGGUGCAAUGGGCCCGUUUGUUCUUGGUGGAUCUGGCCAUCUCUCGGCUAAACUACGGCGUGGGCCGUUUUCCAGCCUUGGGGAUACUGCUCCUGGACGCGCUCCAGGAGCUGUGGAGCUGGUUGACCACAUUAGACUUGUCCCAUGACCCCAGCUGUUUCCUCUUGACCCGGACCUUAGAGGCACAACACCUGCUAGGCAAUGACCCAGAUCCUUUGGUCCAGCAGAAGCUCAGAACGCCGCACCACGCAGCCAUUUUCUCCAGAGCCUGA